AUAGUGUGAGAUUAUUUUGAAAAAAUAUACGUGUCAAUCUACGUGUCAUUAAAAAUAGUUUAUUUAAGUAGCAUGAAUAUUAGGAAAGGGUUUUGGUGAAUUUUAUUACCAAAUCAAAACAUGUUUAUUAGAAAAGCGAAAAAUAAAAGAAACGUUAAUAACAGAAAUACUGAAAGAGUGGGGCACUGAACACUGAACAAUCCCGUGGAGAAGUUGGGGAGGAGAUGAAUUACAUUCUGAGAACUUUGACGACCAAGCAAGAAGUAGAUUCCACCAUCAGAGAUACCGUCGAUAAGGUUCUUGUCCUCCGCUUUGGCCGUGCAUCAGAUCCCGUCUGCCUCCAGCUCGACGAUGUCCUUUAUAAGUCCGCGGCGGAGGUUUCCAAAUUCGCGACAGUGGCUUUAGUCGAUUUUGAUUCCGAGGCAGUGCAAGUUUACGUGAAGUAUUUCGACAUCACUUUGAUUCCUUCUACUGUUUUCUUCUUCAAUGCUCAUCAUAUGAAGAUGGACUGUGGGACUGCCGAUCAUACAAAGUGGGUAGGAGAAUUUAAGACAAAACAGGACUUCAUUGAUGUUGUCGAGGCAAUAUAUAGAGGAGCAAUGAAAGGGAAGCUGAUUGUAACCUGUCCCCUUCCUCCAGAGCAGAUACCAAGGUUUCAGUUGCUGUACAGAGAUGUGUAACACUUAUAUAGUAGCUGUACUCCCUCUUUCCCAAUAAUUUUUUUCCCUACAAAAUAAUCUCUUAUUAUAUAUAUUGAUGCUUGUUCUAAUUUUUAAAAACAAAUCCCGUGUCC